AUGGUUUGGCUGAAGAGGACGGUCCUCGUGGCCGCCGUGUCUUUGUCCGGCAUUGCCCAGGCCCAGAGCACCACUUCCUCCAGUUCCGAGAGCAGCACUUCCUCCGGUCUCGAGAGCAGCACUUCCUCCGGUUUCGAGAGCAGCACCUUGACGUUCUCCAACAGCAGCUCUACUCUGAGUAGCACCUCUUCCAGCCUCAGCUCCACUUCUGGAACCGUCAGCCUCACCUCCACCUCCGCUGGCAGCCAGAGCGAAACUUCCACGUCCACCGGCGCAGCCCCGGCCUCCACCAGCGGCAGCGUGACCCCGAGCGUCAGCGUGACCCCGGCUCAGAGCUCUACUGGUGGUGCUGGUGCUAGCUCCUCUGCCCCUGGAGCCAGCAGCUCUGCUCCGGCAGCCAGCAGCAACGCUCCGGGUGCCAGCAGCUCUGCCCCGGGUGCCAGCAGCUCUGCCCCGGGUGCUAGCAGUCAGGCCCCGCCGGCCAGCAGCCCUGCCGGCUCCUCUCCUGGCGGCGGCGGCGCCGCUUCGACCCCCGCUGCCUCGGGCGGAUCCACCCCGUCUUCCGCUCAGUCUGCGGCCGCCUCGGCGUCGGCCUCCAGCGCCCCCGGCGGAAGCAUUGCCGUGCUUAGCACCACCCCUCAGCCCUUCAACAACUUCUUGGACAUUCAGCCUGGUGAAGCCAUUGUAUCCACGCUUACGAUCAAUGGACAGGCGGUCAGCUACGUCAUUGUUUCCCAGGGCUGCAGAGGUGUGCCCGCUGGACAGUCGCCGUUCGCCGACGGCACCGGCCCCGAGUCUGGCAACGCCUUCACUCCCGGUUCUUGCGCGGCGACUUGCGCGGGCAAGGGCGCCUCCAUGUCUGGAGCCCAGCGUGGCAUUUGCAACUGCGGUAACACCCUGAGAACCGACCUUCCUCUCAUCGCCCCCGCGCAGUGCAAGGCAUCCAACAACGCCAAGCGUCAGACCGGCACCUACGACCCCGUCCCGAUUGCGCAGGCCAUUCCCGCCAGCCAGGUCGCCAUCCAGUCGGCUACUGUCACCCUCUCGCAGUCUUCCCUCCCAGUCGUAGCCGUCAACACUGCGCCUCCUGGUGCGUCUGUUCCUGCCAGCACGACCGCCGCCGGAUCUUCUGCUGGGUCUUCUGCUGCUACUUCUCGUGCGUCGGGUUCCUCCGCUGCUUCCACUGGUGCCGGUGCUUCCACUGGUGCGCCUGCUGGCUCUUCUGCUGGCUCUUCUGCCGGUGCUUCCGCUGGUGCUUCGACCGGUGCCUCUUCUGCUGGUGCCACUCCCGCUUCCUCCGCCGGCAGCAGCCCCGCCGUCUCCUCUCCCGCAGCAGCCAGUGCCACCGACUUCAUUCUCGGAAUUGUCGGUGGCCGUGCGCCCAGCUCUUCCGUCUCCAGCUCCGCCUCGUCUUCUCGCGCCUCGUCCUCGAGCGCCAGCUCUGCUUCUGCCAGUUCCGCCGCCUCCAGCAGCGCCUCAAGCUCUCGUGCUUCCAGCUCGUCUGCCUCCAGUGCCUCUGCCUCUUCUGCCUCCUCCAGCUCUGCCGCUGCUUCAAGCUCCCCGAUUAUCACCGUCCCCACCUCGAGCCUCUCCAUCACCUCCCCCCCGGUCAGCGUUCCUUCCACCAGCACGUUCAACUUCGCGAACACCACUUCUACCCAGCCUGUCCAGAAGCGUGCCAUCCUUAAGCGCAAGAUCGAGGAGGUCGCGAAGCGUCAGACUGGUGCCGUCACCUAUGUCGGUCGUGCUGGAAGCCCGAAUCCCACCAACUGCCAGCAAGCUUCCGUCUUCAGGCUCGGCGCCUCCGGCACUCUCACCAUCGACGGUGCCGUUUUCGGUGUCAACCCCGGUGUCUUCUUCGCCCCGCUCCGCACCGGCCAGACCGGAUCCAUCGUUGCAACCUUCACUGCCGUCACCGGCAGCGGUUUCGCCUGGACUAACCCUUCGUUCUUCGGCGGUCAGGCUGGCUUCUGCCAGGACGCCACUGGCCAGGUCUAUGCCACCUUCGCCAACCCUGCCGUUGCUGGAAACGUCCCCAGCGGCUGCACGACUGUCUCCUUCAACGUCGUCCCCAGCUCUCAGUGCGCGCCCAGCGGAACUACUCUGCCCGCUUCCUCCACCACGCCCGUCGUUCCUACGUCUGGCGUUAUCCCUACUAGCGGCGUCGUCCCCACCUCCGGCGUUGUCCCCACCAGCGGCGUCGUCCCCACCAGCGGCGUCGUCCCCACCAGCGGCGUCGUUCCCACCAGCGGCGUUGUCCCCACCAGCGGUGUUGUCCCCACCAGCGGCGUUGUUCCCACCUCCGGAGUCGUCCCUACUUCCGGCGCCACCACCAUUGUCGGCCCCUCUGGCACCACCAUUGUUGGCCCCUCCGGCACUACCAUCAUCGGUCCCUCCGGCACCUCUGUAGUCGGCCCCUCUGGCACCGACACCGGAGCUACAGCUACCAGCUCUGGAGCCGUCACCACCGUCGCCCCCAACCCCGGUACCAUUGGAGACUACGCCUCCCUGGGCUGCUUCAGCUCCGGCGGCGGCUUCCCCUCGUUCCUCUUGGUCAAGCAGGACAACGCCCUCACGAUCGACAGCUGUAUCGCCGCCUGCGGUGGAAGCAAGCUCAUUGGUGUCUUCGGCACUGAUUGCUACUGCGGAAGCUUCAUCGACAACUCCCAGACCCAGCAGGUCUCCGAGAACCAGUGCAACACCCUGUGCCCUGGCAACCCUCUCCAGCGCUGCGGUGGUCGCUCUUCGGUGGCCAAGCGCCAGGCUGUUCCUGCCGGCGUUCUCCUGAGCAUCUACAUCCGCAUCGACGCCGGAUCCAUCUCCACCGUCGUCAGCGUCAGCGUCAGCGCCGGCAUCGACACCACCGCCUCCUUCACCUUCAGCACCGUCAUCACCAACCCCGGUAUCACCGGCACUGCCCAGGUGCCCUCCCAGACCCCCAACGUUGCCGGCACCCUCACCCUGCCCCCCGGCCUCUACACCGAGGGCCAGCCCACCCCGACCGGCGAGUUCUGCCGCAUCACCACGGGCUCCUGGCUCAUCGGGGCGACCACUCUCCUCCCCUUCCCUAUGCCCACGGCCUGA